UCACUCUACCAGUUUUGUGAAAUUAAAUUAAAUACAUUAUUUAUUGUUAAAUAGUUAAAUAAAUAAAUAGCUAAAAUGCAACGCGACGAAAAACUGUUCGAGAUGACGCUGGAGACGGUCCUGCAGCGCCUGAACGACCUGAAGCUAGCUGUGCUGUCCAUGAUCCAGAAACUGGAGCUGGAAUACGAGACCAUCAACUGGCCGACGUUCCUGGACAACUUUGCCAUCAUCUCGAGCCACCUCACCGGCCUGACCAAGAUCCUGGCCAAGGAGCAGUGUCCGCCGCUCAGGAACCGAACCGUACUGCCCCUACUGGUCUCCAUGGACCGGGACGAGACCCUGAUCAACAUCACCGAGGGCCGGGUGCCGGUCUUCUCGCACGACAUCGUUCCCGACUACCUGAGGACCCGCCCGGAUCCGAUUACCGAGCAGAAGAUGCAGCAGAACGAACAGAAGGCGGCCAACCUCACCAACGACGCGGCCAUGAAGCAGGUCACCCAGUACAACAAGGUCGUCUCCCACGUCCUCGACAUGGUCAGCAAGGCGCGCGAGGAGUGGGAGAUCGAGAGCUCCUCGCGCACCGGCAUCCAGCAGACGAGCAGCAUGGCCGACACCCAGCUGCUGGUGGCCGCCGUCGGCAUGGGCAAGGGCCUCAAGCUGACCAAUUAUGGUCCCGGACCCGGGAUGAUGGUGCCGCCCUCGAUCCGGGCACCCUCGCCCAUGGGCGGACCCGCCAUGAGUCCCGGCAACGUGCAGCAGCAGCUGGGCAAGGCGCCCUCGGCCGUCAAGACCAACAUCAAGUCCGCCAACCAAGUUCAUCCCUUCUCUCGAUAGAAAAAACCAUAAUUUAUUGGCUAUUAUCGCUUCCUGCUGGCGGAAUGUGUCGUCGUAAUAAGUUACAUGUGUCCCUAAUCCUAAGACUAUGAUUAAGCAAACAUAAACGUGAACAAAUUCAA